CACGAUAGUUUACCCAUUUAAUAAAUAACAUUCCAAAGAUCUAUGCUGAAUAUUUAUAUCAUCUUCUUCAUCUUCUUCUUCAUUUUUUAUUUCCUCUGUACCUUCAGUUUCAGCAGCUGUGGUUUUCCAAUAAUGAAGAUUCAAGUGUUAUGGCUUAUUGGGUUCUUGAUUUUACAUUCAAUGGCGACUAUAACAGCAAAAACGCAGACCCUAAGAACAAUAAGCUACCAGUUUGGUCCAUUCGACAGCUCUUAUUACAACACUUUUGCUGUAAUGAAACCAGCUACAAUCAGCAACGAUGCUCUUCAAGUCACACCUGAUUCCAUUGGUAACUAUAGUCUCAAUCACAGGUCUGGUCGAAUCUUCUUCAACCGAACAUUCAAACUUUGGGAUGGAGAUAUAAAGGUAGCUUCAUUUAAUACCUCUUUUCUUAUCAAUGUUUUCCGAGUUAAUAACUCAGUUCCCGGUGAAGGUGUUGCUUUUUUAAUUGCCCCCGAUACCGCUAUUCCACCUAACAGUUCCGGUGAGUAUUUAGGAUUAACAAACUCAUCCAGUGAUGGAUUACCGUCCAACCACCUCGUAGCCAUCGAAUUGGAUACAUUGAAACAAGAUUUCGAUCCAGAUGAUAAUCAUAUUGGUCUUAACAUCAAUAGUAUCCGUUCUAACAAGACGGUCUCUUUGUCUAAAUUCAACAUCCAAAUUGCUCCAAAUGGAACCAAAUUUUACGUUGUUUGGAUCGAAUAUUACAACAAGUCGUUACAAGUUUACAUGGCGGAACAAGCACAACCUUCUUCACCAACACCAUCCAAGCCAGUCGUGCCAGUUUUGAACACUGAUAUCGAUCUCAGUACCUUCGUCAAACAAUACUCGUAUUUUGGUUUUUCAGGAUCGACAGGAGACCAUGUUCAGCUCAACUGUGUGCUCAAAUGGAACUUGACAGUCGAAAUCCUUCCCGGACAAAACAAAAGAAAUUGGUUCAAGAUCGGGUUAGCAACUGGUGUCCCAUUGUUACUUAUUUCCUUACUUGGAAUUGCUGGAUUAAGUUAUUAUUCUUACAAGAAAUGGAAGGCUAGAUCUGAUCCUAAUAUAUUAGGAGCACUCAAGAGUCUUCCGGGGACACCAAGAGAGUUCAAGUUCAGAGAUCUUAAAAGAGCAACCAACAAUUUCGACGAUAAACACAAGCUCGGCCAAGGUGGAUUUGGUGUCGUCUUUAAAGGGUUGUUACAGAAGGAGAAUCUUGAAAUUGCAGUGAAGAAAUUUUCCCGAGACAUUAAAGGAAAAGAUGAUUUCUUGGCUGAACUUACCAUCAUCAACCGGUUACGCCACAAGCAUCUUGUCCCAUUAUUAGGAUGGUGUCAUAAAAAUGGUAUGCUGCUAUUAGUCUAUGAUUAUAUGCCAAAUGGUAGCUUAGAUGCUCAUAUCUUUUGUGGACCGGAGAAGACUACUCUCAAUUGGAAUUUAAGGUACAAAAUUAUAUCAGGGGUAGCCUCAGCUCUACACUACCUUCACAAUGAAUAUGACCAAAAAGUCGUACACCGUGACCUCAAAGCCAGCAACAUCAUGUUGGAUUCCAAUUUCAACGCUCGGUUAGGCGAUUUUGGGUUGGCACGAGCCAUAGAAAACGAGAAAACGUCAUAUGCCGAGCUUGAAGGAGUGCCUGGCACCAUGGGGUACAUUGCCCCCGAGUGUUUCCACACAGCAAAGGCCACUAGGGAGUCUGAUGUGUACGGAUUCGGUGCGGUGUUGCUAGAAGUAGUGUGCGGCCAACGUCCGUGGACCAAAAUAGGCGAGUUCCAACUAUUGGUGGAUUGGGUUUGGUGGCUACAUAGAGAAAGGAGGAUACUUGAGGCAGUCGAUGAAAGGCUAGGCAACGACUACAUAGUUGAAGAAGCCGAGAGAUUGUUAUUACUCGGUCUCGCAUGUUCGCAUCCUAAUGCAAGUGAAAGGCCUAAAACUCAAGUCAUUCUUCAAAUACUAUCGGGGUCUAUGGCCGUGCCCCACGUUCCCCCGUUCAAGCCGGCAUUUAUUUGGGCUUCGAUGCCGGGACCGGAUAGUUUCAGCAUCUCAAGCAGCUUGACGAACACGGCCGAUAUCACUCCGGUCUCGUCGGGAUGGACUCCACAUUAUAUUAAUAGAGAUGUCCAUGGUGGUGAAUUCAGUGAUGCUAGCUCUCUUAUGUGACAAAAACUAAUUAUGAAUUUCAUUCAACAUUUAUGCUUUAGCUUUUCUUUGUAUUAGGAAAAUGGGAAAAAUCCAUUUCCUUUUACUGUUUUAAACUCUCUUUUUUCCUUUUUAUGUUUUUUUAUUUAUCUUUUGGAGAGAGAUUGCAAAUGUACAUUUUGGAUUACAAUAUAAAAA